AUGGCGUCUCUUUUCUCGAGGUUCGACUCUUAUGACUUUGAGUCUGAUCGGCGGUUUCAGGACGGACUGAAGAGUUUGAACAUCAGUGACAGCAAAGAUGAGAACAAACUGCUGGACAUGAAACUGUUCUUUUAUAACAGGUUUGUUUUAUCUGCAGCUUUGGUGUCAUAUUUAUACUAAAUUAUGAAGUGUUAACCUGUUAAAAAAAGUGAAGGUAAACUCGCAUCUGUGAUUAGUUUGGCUGUUUAAAAUGUCAACACGUCAUAUGGUUGUGUUUUAUCUACGGUGGCCCGAAAGGCUUACUGCGCGAACGCAAUUUCUUAGUGAAAUUGCGUUUUUUAAACAUUUAGUGUUUUACAGAUAUUUUAAUCUAUAUUUAACUAGUAAUGGAGUAUUUUAGGGUCAAGCAUAACAGAUUUUCAAAGUCGCUUUGGCUCAUUUCUCACAUCACUAUUAACAUUUGCACAGCAGUUGGUGCAUUUCUCAGAAUAAUUAGUACAAACUGCAAUGAUGUGCACAAAUGACUAAAUGUUGUGAGAACUUUGAAUCUGAUCUGAGAAAUACACCAAAGUGACUGAGAUUAACUGUAAAGUGAAUAAUCUUAAUUCUUAAUUCAGUAAAUGAUACAAGUACACAGAUUUCAUUUCUGCGUUAUAAUUUAGUUCAAACUGCACUCUAAAAAACAUCACCCCUGCUUCUCUGUCAUCAUCAGGUUUGUAGAGCCAAUAGACCCGACCAGCUACAAACAGUGGAGCUCCACUUUACCUCAUGUAACACCGGUGGACUGCAGCGCUGACCAGAGGACACUUUCAGAUCCAGACUCUGAUGUCAAUAAAACCCAGACUGCUGAAACAUCCACAGAGACAGAAACAACACAGCUGUCGUUUGCAGAGGUAAUGAAACUGGUUCAGGAGGGUAAGGAAGUACCUGGAGCAAAAAAACUGGACAUAAAACCAACCAACCAGAGUCCAACACCCUCUCAGAUGGACCGAGUACUGAAACCCUGGGAAAUUUCAACUUCAAAAUGA